GAGGAGCAAGAGUAUAAAACGGCAACAUGUGGCACAGACUGAGCUUGUCUCCAAAAUGAAGCUCGGUCGUCAGUCAGUCUGUACGCUCGCCUUCUUGAGUCUCUGCUUUAUGCUGAUCACAGUGAGAGAAUCAGACACCGCGUUCGUCCCAGGAAGAUGUUUGUGUCCACACACACGACAAGGUGUCAGGGGGAAACUGAAAGCGCUGACAGUAUACCCGAAAAGCCCCAGCUGUGACAGAUUAACAGUCAUAGUGACACUAAACAGUACCAAUGAUGCAGUGUGUCUGAAUCCGGAGGCGCCGAUGGGCAAACAACUGAUUCGCUGCUGGAAUAGAGCUCAAAAGUUGGGUCGUGAUGUGACGCUUUGCCUAAAGAGGAGGAGGAGGGGCAGAGGUCGGCAACGCUCUCGACUGAGGAGCCGGGGCCUCAACCAAAAAGCAUCCUCCUCUACGUCCCAAUAGUCAACCAACCAGACGGACGACUCAAACCUGAACGGAAAGAAACAAGUACAUGCAGCUUUAUUGCCAAGAUGGGGACUCCAGGUCACCUCAGGCAAACCGAGCCCCGGAGGCUUGUCAUAAAUGUUAACAGUUGUAUUUUUUGAACAGUCAAAUGUUCCAUGUUCUUUUUAUGUCUAAUUCUGUGUGAGCAGCUGGAAAAGCCGACUGAAAAUACUCAAUUGGUUAUUUAUUUUUAUAUAUCAAUAUAACAUUUUUCUGACAUCAUUUUUUUUAAAUAAAUAUAUCAGCAAAAAAACA